GGCAGCUCGAGAAGUGGAGACGACGCACAGCAGCAGAGAUCCUUCAUAUCUGAGAAGAACAAACCAGUUGAAGACUGAGCCUUCAGUAGAUCCUCCACUCAAUAAUUUAAAAGCUUUAAGAUGAAGACAAGUGUUGCCAUCCAGUGCAUCGUUCUCCUGGCCUGCAUGGCCCUUUGCACUUCACAUGUUAUUCCAAGGUGCCGGUGUUUGAACACCAGUAAGUCUGUAAGAGGUCCCAUCACUGAAGUUAAGGUGGAUGAGCCUCGUCCAUACUGCAACAGGAGAGAAGUCAUUGUCACACUGAAGGAUGGGAGUGAACGGUGUCUCGAUCCUCAGUCAAAAUUCACCAUAAUGCUGCUAGAAAAACUGAAUCAGAUGAAAAAUACCACAGUCAGCCCUUAUACAACGACAGCAUCGGCUGCAGUGCCAGAAUCAUCAUGAUGCACUUUGCAUGUUUAGUGCUGUUACAACAUGUGUGUAUUAAGAAGAAGGAGCAGCACAGCUCUCGUUCUCAUCACAAAAUAUAAAUGCAUUUAAUUCCUCAGCCUAUCUUCAGGCUUAAGUUGUGAUUACUAAGCAUAUGCACAUUUAUAUAUCUGCAUCUAUAUAUAUUUAUU